AUGGGAUGCAUUUGCUCAAAAGGAACAGCAGAAGAAGAAGAAUUGAAUGUUCAACAUGAGAAACCUCAAGAAAACUGGAACAAAACGUCGUCCUCAGUUCAACUUAUUGCACCUACUACCUCAAACAAAGAUGACUUUUCACAAAAAUCUGGAAGCUCUGGUGGACGCACGCAUAAACCCUCUGGGAGAGCCAGCGGAUUGAUUGUUCCUAUUGAAGAUAGUGAUGGUAAAACAGUAAUAGUAGAGAGACCCACAAGGUCUCACCGGAGAUGUUCAAUUGCAGAUGUUGGGACAGGAGGAGGAGGAUUCCAAACGCUUCAGCCGGGUACAAGUGUUCCACUUAGCCCUGAGGCUGAGCUCAUUUCAGCUGGAUGGCCUUCUUGGCUAACCUCUGUUGCAGGUGAUGCCAUCAAAGGUUGGGUUCCUCGUCAUGCAGAGUCCUUCGAGAAGCUGGAAAAAAUUGGACAAGGGACUUAUAGCACCGUGUAUAGAGCUCGUGAUCUUGAGACAGGCAAACUGGUAGCCAUGAAAAAGGUUAGAUUCGUCAAUAUGGAUCCUGAGAGCGUGAGAUUCAUGGCGAGGGAAAUCAACAUUUUGAGGAAACUCGACCAUCCAAAUGUUAUGAAGCUCGAGUGUCUUGUGACCUCAAAGCUCUCUGGUAGCUUGUACCUUGUGUUUGAGUACAUGGAGCAUGAUCUCUCAGGUCUCGCUCUUAGACCCGGUGUCAAAUUCACAGAAUCCCAGAUCAAAUGUUACAUGAAACAGCUGCUUAGCGGGCUUGAACAUUGCCACAGCCGUGGAAUCCUCCACCGAGACAUUAAGGGUUCAAAUCUCUUGGUGAACAAUGAUGGUGUCCUUAAGAUUGGAGAUUUUGGACUCGCCACUUUCUACCAUCCUGAUCAAGAUCAACCGUUGACAAGCCGUGUAGUAACCUUGUGGUACAGGGCCCCUGAGCUUCUACUUGGAGCUACAGAGUAUGGAGCUGGCAUAGAUCUGUGGAGUGUUGGUUGCAUUAUAACAGAACUGUUCUUAGGGAAACCAAUCAUGCCGGGAAGAACAGAGGUAGAGCAAAUGCAUAAGAUCUUCAAGUUGUGUGGUUCACCAUCCGAUGAAUACUGGCGAAAGACAAAGUUACCACUUGCCACAAGUUUCAAACCACAACAACCUUAUAAGCGUGUCCUCCUAGAGACGUUCAAGAGUUUACCAUCUUCUGCUCUAGCUCUUGUUGACAAGCUUCUAUCCUUAGAACCUGAUAAACGAGGCUCAACUUCAUCAACGCUAAAUAACCAGUUCUUCACAACGGAACCACUCCCGUGUGAUGUAUCAAGUUUGCCCAAGUAUCCCCCCAGCAAAGAACUUGAUGCAAAGGUCAGGCAUGAAGAAGCAAGAAGGAAAGGGGCUGAAACUGUGAAGGGACGUGGGGCUGAGUCGUUGAGAAGGGGUUCGAGAGACUUCAAGAGUACAGUCACAACACCAGAGUUUAUUGCUUCAGGUCAUUCAAAAACCACAAACAGCACUCAGAGAUUCAAUCCUCAGGAACCAAGUCAGACGGGAAGAUGCGACAGAGAUAAGGGCCUUUCUCAUACCAGUUCAAUGAUUCAUCCAAGUAUUACAGCAACAUGGAGUAAAAACGAGAGCUCAAGGCAAAAUGUAGUAGAGCUGAAGGCUACCCGAUCUAGCAAUGUGCCGAUGACCGGGUUGUCUCCUUCACAUAAAGAUGAUGCAGUUGUAGUUCCCACAGCGACAUACGUACGCAAGAAGAAGAGAAUGCACUAUUCAGGUCCACUGAUGCCUCCAGGUGGAAACAUGGAGGACAUUCUGAAAGAGCAUGAGUGGCAAAUCCAAGAGGCUGUAAGGAAAUCUCGACUUGAGAAAUCUGCAACAAAGAAAAACCACAUAACAGGUGCAUAAUUGGAAGACAUGAAAAUGAAACUUUUGUAAACACAAAAACAAGAAAAAAAAAAAACAUCACCUGAACUAGAAGAAGGAAGAUUGACCAUGGAUAUCGAUUCUGCUAUUCUUCUAGAUCUCUUAGCAGGCCACUGCCACAGCUAUGCAUGCUUGUGCUAGGAAGAUCUGUAAUUAUGUGUGUUAUUGUACAUAGAAACUCCUAGUGUUUCUCUCUCAGUCACAUUCCUUUGAGGUUUGGAGAAGCAUAUAAGUG